UUCGAGUUGAGAGGUUCCGUGUGUCGUCGUCGAAUGAAAACAAUCGCCGACGUCCGACCGUCGUCGGCUGCUCGAGACGUUCUAGUCCCCGUAAUCGCGUACUCCGCUUUGGCGCCACGCCAUCGUGAUAACGCGUAGCGGUCGCGGUUAGCCGUCGCUCUCGUCGUCGUCGUUCUCACCAUCGUCGUCGUCGUCAUCAUCGCGGUGUACCCGUCGUCGCGACGUCGGUUAACCUUAAAGAGAGCGACGGGUGCGGUGGUAGUGUUUUCCUUCCGAGGAGGUAAAUUCGAGUACAUCGAUACUCGAGGCGAAGAGGUGUGACGAGGAAAGUGCGUAGUCAUCGAUGUGAGAGUCGAGGACGACGAGGAAGAGCAGAGGGAGCGAGAGUGCGAAAGGGGAAAGAGAGAGAGAGGAGAGAGAGAGAGAGAGAGAGGGACAGAGAGCGGAGAGGCCGAAGCGUCGUAAGCCGGGAAUUCCGACGAUCGCAGGCUCCGUCAGGGAGCACCAGGGGUGGCAACGGUCUCGUUGGGCAGUGUCGAAGUUGGCGAGAGGGGCAGAGGGAUCAGCUGUGAUCUGGCUUUGGUUGCGGUGGUAGCAGCGGAAGCGGAAGCCGCUGCAGUAGUGAAGACAGGGGGUGAGAAGGUGGGGCUGUGUGAGGCUGGUAGUAGUCCCGACUUUGUUAAGCAGAGACACAAAUUCUAUUCUUAUCCCUAUUUUCAUUUAUCUCCUUUCCCUUUACUUCUCAUCUUGCUUUACGAGAGUGGUAAAUUCGGGGGCGUUCGCCACCCGCCACCGGAAACGCUGUCGACGGCGUGACACCGGCCUCGCAGUUAGCCUUACUCCUCCCACAGAGAGUAGGCGCCGUAGACCAGGAGCUACCGUCAUCCGUCAUUAUCGUAGAAAUUCUGAGCCCUCCCCAACGAGAGGAGGGAGCUCCAUCAAGCCCCUCUCGCACGCGCGACGUCUCAGUAUCUCGUACCCGUUAACGGGUGCUUAUAAGGCACGCGCGUCAUCUGCCAGACAUCAUGAACGAGCUCGAUAGCCUUCGUCAAGAAGCGGAGACGCUGAAAAAUGCCAUUCGGGAUGCCAGGAAAGCAGCAUGCGACACGACCUUGGCUCAGGCCACAUCAGGCAUGGAACCUAUCGGUCGCAUACAAAUGCGAACGAGACGUACACUACGCGGUCACUUAGCUAAAAUUUAUGCGAUGCACUGGGGAAGUGACUCGAGGAAUCUAGUCUCUGCAUCGCAAGAUGGCAAACUGAUCGUUUGGGAUAGUUACACUACCAAUAAGGUUCACGCGAUUCCAUUACGGUCAUCAUGGGUAAUGACUUGUGCGUACGCGCCCUCGGGUAGUUACGUAGCAUGCGGCGGACUGGACAAUAUCUGUUCCAUCUAUAGUCUUAAAACUAGGGAAGGGAAUGUUCGGGUGAGCAGAGAACUUCCGGGUCAUACUGGAUACUUGUCCUGCUGUCGAUUUUACGACGACAACCAAAUCGUCACUAGUUCCGGCGAUAUGUCUUGUGCUUUAUGGGACAUCGAAACUGGCCAGCAGUGUACUUCGUUCAUCGGACACACUGGCGACGUAAUGUCUCUGUCGCUGGCGCCGGACACGCGCACCUUCGUGUCCGGGGCGUGCGAUGCCAGUGCGAAAUUAUGGGACAUUCGUGAAGGUUCCUGUAAGCAGACUUUCCCGGGUCAUGAGAGUGACAUAAAUGCCGUCACGUUCUUCCCGAAUGGAUAUGCUUUCGCGACGGGCUCAGACGACGCGACGUGCAGACUAUUUGACAUUAGGGCGGAUCAGGAACUCGCGAUGUACAGUCACGACAAUAUCAUUUGUGGUAUCACCAGCGUAGCUUUCAGCGGGAGCGGGAGAUUAUUGCUGGCGGGCUACGACGAUUUCAACUGCAAUGUUUGGGAUUCUAUGAAAACCGAGCGAGCUGGAAUUCUCGCUGGGCAUGACAAUCGCGUGUCUUGUCUCGGCGUGACGGAAGACGGCAUGGCGGUGGCGACAGGCUCCUGGGAUUCGUUCCUACGCAUUUGGAACUAACUUGGGGCUCUCCCAAGGACGUUUCUUCAAAGAACCAACAGUCAACCAAUUUACAGCAUAAGAAUCAAGUACCACCAUCUGAUCACCGAACAAGUCGGCGUGCCAGCAGCCA